UUAGUGUCUCCGCAACAGCCUGAGCGGCUUUUGUAGAUCCAUAUUGCGCAAAGAGAACCGGUCAUCAGGGGCGCACAGGUGGGUGCGCUCUCCAAGGUGCCAACAGAUCUGUCUGCGCUGCUCCACCGCUCACACAAACAAUUUGGACACAGACUGGACCAAAAUUCACUGCUCAUCACACUUCAACCCCCGCUUUUGCUGUGACCCAUCGGUCUGCGGUGUUUGAUUAGUGUAGGGAGGAUGGAUUUGUAUGCACAGUAGUCUUGGAAGGAGAGGAGGGGACAUGGGCGGGGCUGAGGCGCCUCUCAUUUCCCCUCCAUACUUAGCGGGGCAGCAGGGCUGGAGAGACCUCCGGGGAGCACAGUCGCCAGUCCAGCACGGAGACCCGCCUGGCCAAAAUACCGCGCCUCACACUUGCCAGGAUUGCCAAAUAUUCCUGAAAAAUAUACCUGCUAUUUAUGGCAUGUGGCUUGUAACUUUACUCCUGUUGUACUCUCUCCAAGAAGUACACAGUGAGGAUGUGGGCUCCACCAGGCUGUACUUUGUGAAUGCCUCCCUGCAGAGGGUAACCUACUCCAGCUCGGUGGGGGUCUCCCUGCCCUGUCCAGCAGGGGGCACCCCCAGUGCCAUACUGCGCUGGUAUCUUGCCACCGGCGACGACAUCUACGACGUGCCCCACAUCCGCCAUGUGCACGCCAAUGGCACCCUACAACUGUACCCCUUCUCACCCUCCGCCUACAACAGCUACAUCCACGACAACGACUACUUCUGCACUGCCGAAAACCAAGCAGGCAAGAUCCGCAGCCCCAACAUCCGCAUCAAAGCUGUUUUCAGGGAGCCCUACACCGUGCGGGUGGCGGACCAGCGCUCGAUGCGGGGCAACGUAGCUGUGUUCAAGUGCCUCAUCCCCGCUGCCGUGCAGGAGUAUGUCAGUGUUGUGUCCUGGGAGAGAGACACUGUUUCCAUUGUCCCAGGUAACAGGUUCUUGCUGACCUCCUUCGGGGCUCUUUACAUCUCUGAUGUUCAGAAGGAGGAUGCCCUCUCCACAUACCGGUGCAUCACCAAACAUAAGUACAGCGGCGAGACGCGCCAAAGCAAUGGAGCCAGGCUCUCUGUAAUGGACCCAAAUGAGUCCUCACCCACCAUCCUGGACAGUUUCCAAGCAGGGGAGGUGUAUGCAGGCCAGAGUAUUGAGCUCCCCUGCACAGCGGGAGGUUACCCCAGCCCCACUGUGCGCUGGCUGAAAGAUGGUCGCCCGCUACCCUCGGACGCCCGCUGGACACGGCGUUUGACAGGGCUGACUAUCAGUGACCUGAGGCAGGAGGACAGUGGCAGCUACGCAUGCGAGGUCACCAACAGUUUUGGCUCAAAGGAGGUGUCUGGACAGCUUCACGUUAUAGACCCACUACGAGUGACUUUGUCCCCAAAGAAUUUGAAAACUGGCAUCAGCAGCACACUCUUCUUUACCUGCACGGUGGAGGGCUCUCCAGAAUACACCAUCACCUGGUACAGUAACACCGAGCCCAUCGUCCCCGACCAGCACAUCUCCAUCCAGGGACAACACAAUGACACCCUGCAGAUCACCGCAGCACAGAAGUUCCACUCUGGGGCUUACCAGUGCUUCGCCUCCCGAAAGGGCCACACUGCUCAGGACUUUUCCAUUAUUCUGCUAGAGGAUGGUACUCCUCGUAUUGUGUCUUCCUUCAGCGAGCGGGUGGUGAACCCCGGCGAGCCUUUCUCCCUCAUGUGUGCAGCCAAAGGAGCCCCACCCCCCUCCAUCACCUGGACGCUGGACGACGAGCCCGUGGUGCGAGACUCCACCUACAAGACAAGCCAGUACACCCUGUCAGACGGCCUGACCGUGUCACACGUCAACGUCAGCAGCCCGCUCAUUCGAGAUGGGGGAGUGUAUCGUUGCGUCGCACGCAACUCGGCUGGUAGCGCCGAGUACCAAGCGCGCAUAAACGUAAGAGGUCCGCCCCGAAUCAGACCCAUGCGGGACAUCACAGCAGUGGCGGGCAGGAACACCUACAUAACGUGCCGUGUGAUUGGCUACCCAUAUUACUCCAUCAAGUGGCUGAAGGACGGCAUGCAGCUGCCUGAUAAUCAUCGUCAAGUGGUGUUUGAGAACGGCACCCUGAGGUUGACGGACGUGCAGAAGGGCGCCGACGAGGGCACCUACUUGUGUAGCGUUCUGAUCCAACCCCAGGUGUCAAUCAACCAAACCGUUCAUGUCACUGUCAAAGUGCCACCCCUCAUCCAGCCCUUUGAUAUCCCCUCUACCUCAGUGGGGAAGCUCAUGUACAUUGCCUGUGUGGUGUCAUCUGGGGACAUGCCCAUACGCAUCACCUGGCACAAAGACGGCCAGCUCAUCGUGCCAGGCUCUGCCUCUGGCGUCGCAAUAGAGACCAAAGAGUUCAUGAGCUCCCUGCAAAUCUCCAAGGUGACACUGAAGCACAACGGAAACUACACCUGCAUUGCCAGCAACGCCGCCGCCACCGUCAGCUGGGAAAGACAGUUGAUUGUUACUGUGCCGCCACGUUUUGUGGUGCAGCCCAACAAUCAGGAUUGUAUCUACGGCAAAGCUGGAGUUCUCAACUGCUCUGUGGAGGGUUACCCACCUCCAAAAGUCAUGUGGAAACACGCCAAAGGUGUAGGAAACCCUCAGCAGUACCACCCGGUCCCUCUAACUGGCCGUAUCCAGAUCAUGUCAAAUGGCUCUCUGCUCAUCCGACACGUGCUUGAGGAUGACCGAGGAUACUACCUCUGUCAGGCCUCCAACGGAGUGGGCUCAGACAUCAGUAAGAGCAUGAUCCUCACUGUCAAGAUUCCUGCCAUGAUCACCAGCCACCCUAACACCACCAUGGCGAGGAAGGGUCAGACCAAGGAGCUGAACUGCACAGCACGGGGCGAGCAGCCCAUCAUCAUCCGCUGGGAGAGAGGAGACACCGUCAUUGACGCUGAGAGAAAUCCCCGCUACUCCAUCACCAUCAACAAGAAGGGGGACGAAGUCAUCUCUACACUUAAGCUGAACCCAGCUGAGCGAGGAGAUUCUGUUUUCUUCUCCUGCCAUGCCAUCAACUCCUAUGGAGAGGGUCGAGGUCUCAUCCAACUCACUGUGCAAGAACCACCAGAUCCUCCUGAACUUGAAGUUAGGGAGGUGAAGGACAGGAGCAUGAACUUGCGCUGGAUCCAAAGAUUUGAUGGAAACAGCAUCAUCACCAGCUAUGACAUCGAGUACAAGAACAAGUCAGACUCCUGGGAUCACAUGUACACAACCAGGAACAUCUCACCCACCAACAACCAGGCCAACAUUGUGGAGUUGCACCCGGCCUGUGUGUACAGCAUCCGCAUGUACUCCUACAACAAGAUUGGCCGUAGCCUUCCCAGCAAAGAGCUCACAAUCAGUACAGAGGAAGCACCACCUGACGGGCCGCCAAUGGACGUAAUCCUCCAACCGAUGACAUCUCAGAGCAUACGGGUUACAUGGAGGGCUCCUAAGAAGGAGCUGCAGAACGGAGUAAUCCGAGGCUACCAGAUCGGUUACAGAGAGAACGGACCAGGCAGCAAUGGCCAGUACAGCAUAGUGGAGAUGAAAGCUACAGGGGACAGUGAAGUGUACACCUUGGACAACCUGAAGAAGUUUGCCCAGUACGGGGUUGUAGUUCAGGCCUUCAACAGAGCUGGGACGGGUCCAUCCAGUACUGAGAUUAAUGCUACCACGUUGGAAGAUGUGCCCAGUGAGCCUCCGCAGAAUGUGCGAGCCAUCUCUGUGACGUCGGACGAGGCGGUGAUCACAUGGGCAGAGCCUCCACGGCUGACACUGCACGGUGUGCUGAAAGGCUACCGAGUUGUGUUUUGGUCCCUCUUCCCUGACGGAGGUGGGUGCUGUGGGGGCCAGGCCCAGUGGCCAAUGCAGAAAUGGGGAGAGAUGCAGAAUAUCACCACCACACGUGAACAGGUGGAGCUGCGAGGGCUGGAGAAGUUCACUAACUACAGUGUUCAGGUGCUGGCCUACACCCAAGCUGGAGACGGGGUGCGCAGCAACGUCCUGUAUAUCCAAACCCGCGAGGACCUUCCUGGUCCACCGGCUGGCAUCAAGGCAGUUCCCUCCUCUCCAAGUAGUGUGGUUGUGUCCUGGUUGCCUCCUCAUAAACCAAAUGGUGUUAUCCGCAAGUACACCAUCUACUGCUCCAGUCCAGGGUCUGGGCAGCCGGCACCCAGUGAGUACGAGGCCAACCCAGAGAUGCUCUUCUACCGUAUCACGCACCUUUCCCGUGGAAAACAAUACCACAUCUGGGCUGCAGCUGUGACAACUGCGGGCCGAGGCAACAUGAGCUCAAAGGUCAUAGUGGAGCCUGCUGGGAAAGUCCCGGCUAAGAUCCUGUCCUUUGGGGGCACGGUGACCACACCCUGGAUGAAGGAAGUGCGUCUGCCCUGCAGCUCAGUGGGAGAACCCGCCCCCACAAUUAAAUGGACCAAAGACAGCGAGGACUCUGCCAUUCCCGUGACAGCAGACAGUCAGCGGCAGAUCUUAUCCAAUGGCACACUGGUGCUACGUUCAGUCAAAGCAGAGGACUCUGGGUACUACACCUGUACGGCCACUAACACUCUGGGCUUUGACACCAUCAUAGUCAAUCUGGUGGUGCAAGUUCCUCCUGAUCAGCCUCGUCUGACCGUCUCCACUACCUCCACCUCCUCCAUCACUCUGGCUUGGAUCCCUGGGGACAAUGGGGGAAGCUCCAUCAGAGGAUUUGUGCUGCAGUAUUCGGUGGACAACACAGAGGAAUGGAGGGACGUGUUCAUCAGCUCCAGUGAACGUUCCUUCAGGUUGGACAAUCUGCGCUGUGGGACCUGGUACAAGGUCAAGUUGGCCGCCAAGAACAGUGUGGGCUCAGGGCGCAUCAGUGAGAUCAUAGAGGCUAAGACCCAUGGAAGAGAACCAGUGUUCAACAAGGAUCAGCCGCUGCUCACUCACAUCAACUCCACUCAUGCAGGGCUUAACCUGCAGGGCUGGACCAGCGGCGGCUGCCCCAUCACUGACCUGAUGCUGGACUUUAGGCCCAAAGGAACCUGGGCCUGGCAGAGCCUAAAGGCCAACUCUACCACUCAGCUUUUCCUCAGUGAGCUGCGCGAGGCCACCUGGUAUGAGCUCAAAAUGAAGGCCUGCAACAGUGCUGGGUGUGGCAACCAGAGCUCCCAGUUUGCCACCACUGACUAUGAUGGCAGUACAAUCCCUCCCAUUAAAUCAGCUCGUGGAGAAGGGGAUGACGUGAAGAAGCUGUUCUCCAUCGGCUCUCCCGUCAUACUGGUUACCCUGGGCGUUGCUUUGCUCUUCAUUGUCCGCAAGAAACGCAAGGAGAAGAGGCUUAAACGACUUAGAGAUGCUAAGAGCCUCGCUGAGAUGCUUAUCAGCAAGAACAAUCGCAGUAUAGACACUCCAGUUAAGGGCCCUCCUCAAGGACCAAGGCUGCACAUUGAUAUCCCACGUGUUCAGCUGCUCAUUGAGGACAAGGAAGGCAUCAAACAGAUAGGGGAGGAUAAGGCAGCGGUGCCAGUGACAGACACUGAGUUCAGCCAAUCAGUGAAUCCGCAGAACUUCUGCACAGGCGUGUCUCUGCACCACCAAGCCCUUAUCCAGAAUUCAGGGCCUUUGAUUGACAUGUCGGAUAUCCGCCCCGGCACGAACCCCGUGUCCAGGAAAAGUAUAAAAUCAGCCCACAGCUCCAGGAACAGAUACUCCAGCCAGUGGACACUGAGCAGACCGAGCCAGAGCCAGUCGACGGCCUCUGCACGCACUCUGACCUCAGACUGGCGGACGAUGGGCUCUCAUGGCAUCACCGCCACUGAGAGUGACAGCUACAGCGCCAGCCUCUCGCAAGACACGGACAAGGGUCGCAACAGCAUGGUGUCGACAGAGAGCGCCUCCUCCACUUACGAGGAGCUGGCCAGGGCCUACGAGCACGCCAAGCUGGAGGAGCACCUGCAGCAUGCAAAGUUCACCAUUACAGAGUGUUUCAUCUCUGACAGCUCAUCUGACCAAAUGACCACAGGUACCAAUGAUCCAGCUGACAGCAUGACCUCCCUAAGCACGCCGUCUGAACCAGGCAUCUGCCGCUUCACUGCCUCACCACCCAAACCACAGGACUAUGACCGCGGUAAAAAUGUAGCGGUGCCCAUUCCCCACCGUGCCAACAAAAGUGAAUUCUGCAACCUACCCCUCUACAUGAAGACAGACCCAUUCUUCCGCAAGCAAGGGGAGCUGCAUGACCCUUGCCCAGCUGUGCCACCGCGGGAAGCCUCAAUCCGCAGCCUGACGCAGCGGGCGUAUCACACCCAGGGCCGUCACAAGACUCUAGACCCUGCCAAACAGCAGGCGCUGACACUGGGCCAUUCUGGCCUGGGCAGCUUGGGUGCGAGCUUGGGCACUGCCACCUUGCCCCAAAGGACUCUCACCAUGCCCAGCUCCAACACUGCAGCAACAGCUUCCACUUCCAGCACGAGCAGCAACCCCACCAACAGUAACAAGGUGGGGGGCUCUAGAGACUCGCUGCUAGAGAGCAGCUCCUCUGCACUGGGGAGAUUGCAGAAACAGAGUGUUGGGGCAUACUCCAAGUCAUACACGUUGGUGUAGUCCACUCUCUUGCACAGACAUGCAUUGCUGUCCCACUCCUCUGCCAGCCCCACUCUGGCAUUCUUCAGCCUGGGCGAGAAUGGGUAUGCAACCAUCUUUCUUUAAACCCGACUAAUGGUGAACUGCCCAGCGGUCGGUCUAAUUUUCCUCGGGAUAGGGGUUCUCCCAGACAGAGACCCAGCUAACCCUACUUUUCAUGUUCACCUGGGACUCUACAAGAAUUACUAACUCCAACUAACAGUUCCAGCCGGCUGGUGCUCAGCUCCACUCAAUUCUCGCAGGAGUUGCGCAGCAAAAAAACAGGAAGCGAUUCUGUGGUCAUCUGGAAAUAGUGACUAUAAUUGAGGAGUUAAAAGCUCUGUGUUUAUGAUGAUGAAGACUACGAUAGCCAGUAUGAAGCUGUGUGGCCAUCCUGUCUCUCAUAUGCACACACACAUACUGUCCUCCAUAGUUUGAGUAUUAUUGUGAAUUUGCAGGACUUCCAGUUAAGUUCCCCUAGUCUUACUGUAUCUUUCACCUUAUAUGUGUCUCUUAAGUCCCAAAUAGCUAUUGGCAGAUUUUCUCUAAAUGGUGAUUCCAAAAGAAAUUAUUCAGGUUCACUUCCAAGAAGGAUAACAUUACUAUCACAUUAAUCUUCUCCACACAUCUCUCUCCAGCUAAACAGUGUCUAACUUUUUAAUCAAAUCAUGACAACCCAAAUGAACCAGCUAUAAUUUCUCACAUUACAAAUAGAGAAUAUUUGGUAUUAUAAAGAAUUUACAUAUAUAUUUCUAUGUAGGUAUAUUAUUGACAUUUUAGUGAAAUUAUGACAAAGUAUAAAUUGUAUAUACUACAAUAGUGUAGUAGUAUAUACAGCAAUUUAAUGUUAAUGUCAAAUUUAAGAACGAGACAAUCGCUCAAUCAUGAAAUUUUAAAAAUAGAAAUUUAAAAAAGGUUGGACUAAAGAAAGAAAAAGUUUAGUAUAUAUACGGGAUAUUCUGUAUGUUUCUGUAUGUAGACCGACUAAGAGAAGAGUGUUUCACUCCUGUAUGGACCGAGAGUGGCCCUUUCCAAGAUCCAUGUUGAGAUGGGAAAAGCAAGAUAGGCUACUUAGUUUUAGAUCAGAUCCUGAGAAGGAAAGCUCACUGGGUGAACAGAUAAUAACCUCCCUGGUUUGCUUUGCUGAGUGUGUUCGGUGGAAACAAGCAUGGCAGAAAGCUUUCUGUAUGUUAGUCUGCUCAUGAGGAUGUAGGCUUUGUGUCUCUAACAAGCUUGUCGUGAGCCUGAGCGGCUGGUAAAUACAACUAUAAGGAUCCACAAAUACGUUUUACUUUGGGAGGAGAACUGCAGACUUGAGAUAUGACACAGAAUUAAGGCUUCUGUACAGUAACACAUCCUACCAACCUCUCAGCCAGCCUUUGUGUCACUCCGCCGACCUUUGCUCUUCAAAAAAAUAGAUAACUAGCUGAUGGAAUCCCAGUCAUGAUGUGAAUGAAGUAAAAUUAUAUAAUGUUGAGCGAUGUUAUAUGUCAGGGAGUUCAGUUUUGAAAAUUAUAUAAUGUUCACUCAAUUGAUAUCUUUGUUGUUGCCCUGUCUGAAGUACUGUAUAUGUUCCACUUUCUUUAUCCCACCCCCCUCAUUUGUUCUAAUGUUCAUUCACACCAGAACCUACUGGAAUGACUUUUUGAAGCAUCUCCAUGAUAGUGUUUUGUGGUUUAUAUUUAUUUAUCCAUCUUCUUUGUUCAUUUGUUUGUUUGUUUGGGGAAGGGGGUAUCUGUUGACUUUGAUUUAUAAUAUUCAUUUUAAUUUGUUUGGGGUUUUGUCAAGAUUUUGGUUCCAGGGGCCAAACUGUACUAAAGUAUGUGGCCUGUGUCUAAAACCAGUUCAGCCAAGUGAAAUCAGGGACUCGUAGCUCUUUUGGUCACACAAACUACUGUUGUGUAUAUAGUGGACGGGAGUCGGUCUGUAAACCUGAAGCAUUCGGACUCCCAUCCUUUCCCCCUGUUCAGAUAAAUUAAAGUAAAAAGUCACCACCCUAAACAUUCUAAAUCCAUCAUCCCCACCUUUAUCAGUGUUGUUUAUAGAUUAAGUCUUGUACAUAAAACACAGUUUUGUAUGAAGAGCUAUUUUCGUCAGAAUAAAUCAGGGGACACAUCAGGGUUGAAUGCCCCAAUUUCAAAAUUGAAAUAGUAUCAAAAAUAAAAUAUUUUACUUCUGAAAUGGGCAAAAAAAAAACAUGUUUCUUUCCCUUUAUGUUUUUGAUACUAAUUUGUUGAAUUUUUAUUCUUUUUUAAAGGUCGUUUGAUGUUGUCAUUUGUCCUAUUUACUUUUUUAUUAUCAUUAUUUUGUAUUUUGUUCAUCCUCAAAAAAUCAUUGCAUGCUUGCUAAAAGGGAAAAAUUGAAGGAAAAAAUGUAUGAAAAUCAAAAACAAACAAAAAAAACAAAAAAAAACUAAAAAUGUUGAGGGUAUCCCAAACAUUUGUUUGAGUUGCUUGUUAUGGCAAUUGCUUGUGUUCAAAAGUACAUUUUCUAUGAAAAGAAAGCAAAAACUAAAAAGUUCAUUCUAACACCUUGUGCAAUAAAGCUAUCU